ACAGCCACCUCUCAUUAUUUCCUCUGCCCAAAAGCCCUUAAACCCAACAAACCCAGCAAGCAUACCCAACAAACCCAAAGCUCUCUCUCUCUCUCUCUCUCUCUGAGACUCACUCUCUUACUCUAAAACUCAAACCACCAAACAUGGCAGCCUCCCUCACGAUCUCAAGGCUCCUCACAGCCCCCAAGUCCCUCGCUUUCUCCACCACCACCGCCGCCGUCGCACCCAAAACAUCUCUCUUCUCUCCCAAAUCCUUCUCCUCCAAAAUCUCCUACACCCCUCUCCCCCUCAAACACUCCCCCCGCCCAAAACCCCUCCUCCGCUUCUCCACCACCGCCUCCAAACCCAUAUCCGCCACCAUCGCCGUCGGCGACAAGCUCCCCGAAGCCACCCUGUCCUAUCUGGACGCCGCCGGCGACGUCCAGACCGUGACUGUCUCCGACCUCACCAAAUCCAAGAAGGCCGUCCUCUUCGCCGUCCCCGGCGCCUUCACCCCGACCUGCUCCCAGAAACACGUCCCGGGAUUCGUGGAAAAGUCGGGGGAGCUCAAGGCGAAGGGCGUCGAGACCAUCGCCUGCAUUGCGGUCAACGAUGUCUUCGUGAUCAAAGCGUGGAAGGAGAAUCUCAACAUCGGUGACGAGGUGCUGCUGCUGUCCGAUGGGAACGGCGAUUUCACGAGGGCGAUCGGGGCGGAGCUCGAUUUGAGCGAUAAGCCGGUGGGGCUGGGCGUCAGGUCCAGAAGGUACUCGCUUUUGGCGGAGGAUGGAGUUGUUAAGGUCUUGAAUUUGGAGGAAGGCGGUGCCUUUACUUCCAGUGGAGCUGAGGACAUUCUCAAAGUGAUCUGAAUUUGCUUCUAUCGGCGGCGGCGGCGGCGGCGGUGGUUAGCAGGUUUUUCCUUUUUACUUCUUGGGUUUUGUUUUUAAUUUAUGAGUAUAAUACUGUGUUGCCUUUGCGGGCUUGUAGCUUAGUUGGUUAAGAGUAGCUUUGCAACCGAGGUCCUGAGUUCGAUUUUCCGCUCCUUCAAUUUCGCUUGUAUAAAAAAAAACAAAGAGAUCUGGUUUCUGUUUAAUAAAAUCAGUUGGGUUUUUCUGAUUUGAUGAA